AUGCGUGUCGAAGUCCAGAGCAGUAGGCAAGCUCCCAAGUAUAGUGAUCCAGAGUUAUUUACGAUUGAAAUUCACCAUGAGGGUCCACAACAUUGGGUUAUGUGGCAAUUCGAGGAGACUAGGAUAUGCUUGAGUUUGUGCAUGAGAUAUCUGCAUCAAGGGUUCACGAAUUUGCUUCAACCACAACUGAUACAUAUAGAUGUACAAGAUCAUGCGAACAUUGCUGAUCAUGCCGAUGAUGAAGCUAAAGAGGAAGAUGAAAAGCAGCAAGAAGAUGAGGAGCUACAGGUAGAUGAGGAAGAAGAUGUAAAUGUUGAUGGAGAGGAUGAUAACGAAGAGCGCCUGCAGUUCAUAGAUAGUGACGACAAGCAAACAGAUGAAGAACAAGACAAACAAAAGAGAGCAGAAGAUGACAAGUGGUUUGAUAGGCAUCUAGUGAAUGAAGCUGUUUAA